GUUGAGCUAGUUUUGCAGCAUGCUUUAUAUUUCAGAGUUUGGCAGCAUGGUGUUUGUGUUGGUAUUGGUAAAAAAAAUGUGCCAGACAUUUAUAAAUGUGAGGAAUGCGAGCCACGUUCGAUGAAACUGACCAGAGAGGAAGCGCAUAAGAUACAGCUAAAAAAUUUGGCACGACAGCAACGUGAAAACGCACGUAAGCAGCGAAUAAAGCAAAAAGUAAAGCAGCGGAAAUCAAGCGUUGUAGUUGGCAUGGGGAAGUCGGCGAAGACGUUUGUGACGGAUUUCAAAUACACGUACAGCAGAUCGGUUACAGUGUUUUCGCGCGGGCACGAAGACACGGUGCGUUUUAUGAAUUGCUUUUGCUUGCACAGUGUUCUUCUUUCGGGGGAUGCAUCGGCAUUGGAAACGCUACGCAAGGCAGACGGCAUAAGCCUAAUGUUUGUGGCCCACAAUAUUCAAGGAUUGGUGGCCACACGCGUGUUCCAUCCGGAUGAACCAGUGCUAUAUUUUUGUGGGCGAAUCUCGCUUGCUAGUGAAUGUAGCGGUCGCGACGAAGGGAUGGUUCUGCCGUUCGUAAUUCUUUACAGUGAUCUUGUGAUUGAUGGGACAGACGAACGUAUCUCAGUUUGCGUGGACGCUCGCCAGUUUGGCUCAAUUGCACGUUUCGCGCGUCGAUCUUGCCGACCGAACAUCAAACUUCAGCAUUUGUUUGUGCAGAACCAUCUGCACAUUAUUGGUGUAGCUGCGCAUCGCAUUGAAAGUGCAGUCGAGUUAACUGUACCAUUUGAUGGUGAUUAUGUGAUGUCAAAAACAAAGCUUAUUUGUUCUUGCCACGACGAUGAGUGUGGUGUGGCAAACGAAUGUAUCAUUGAACGUUUCAACAGAUCGCUGGAACUAAAGCAGGAUUCUGAAAAGUCAGAGGCGAAAAGAGAACAGCAGUUAUUGCCUGUAUCGCAAGACGAAAGUUCCAGUCAAGAGGAACACACUGGCGAGGUUGCUGCAGAACUGCCAAAAGAAGAAAUAGUGGAAACAGUGAAACGACGGAAUGAGGCGAAUUUUAAGAGGGAAAGCGGAGAACGGGAGAAGUCAGCAACUGAACUGCAGACGAGAAAAAGAACUGUCAGUUUUGCUGAUGAGCUUGAUGGAAAAAAUGUUGAUAUCAGUGCGGCAGAGAAACUGCCUAGUAAGAGGAUGCGGACCACGGCGGAAACCGAAGCAGCGAAUUCUGCAGCUCCAGCGAACCAAAGCAAACCUAUGUUUCCUGUUAUCGGUAGGCCAGCAUGCCGUAUGACAUUCGGAUAG